GUUUUCUUCGUUUGGACAGACACUCCAUUUGAGAAACAAAACUGUUUUCCCUUUUUUGUUCCUGAGAAUCCCAAUUUGAGGAACAGAAAUAACCUCAAUUUUAGCAAAAUAAAGAUCGAUUCCAAGUUGUUCAAGAAUAGUAACAUCGAGUUUGUAAUCUGAGCUUCCCUUUAAUAGUCUUUUAAUUACACCGCAGUUUUCGAAGAACCUCGCAGACGAGUACAAUCUGUUUAAAGGAUGAAGAAGCAGAAUACCACCGCCGCCACCGGACGCGGACGCCAGCAACCGGAGCCUUUUUGGCCUCGCGUCGUUGUGCGCAAGUUACUCAACAUCAACGCCAAGAACUCCGAUUACACUGCCGAUUCUGACUCCGGCUCAGAUUCUGACCAAGAAACUUGUGAUUGGCCGAGAGAAUCACGAUUUAAGAAGGAGAAAAGCGAUGAAGUUCAGAUCGAUGAUAAUGCUAUGCAUACUAUCCCAGAGGCUCUUCCCAGGCUAAGAAGACGAAAUUCAGAGACAUUUAGAUCUCAGUAUAUAAACAAUAAGAAAAUCAGAAUAUGUGCUGCCACAUGGAAUGUUGGCGGAAGAGUUCCUUCAGACGACCUAGAUCUUGAUGAUUGGUUAGAUAUUAAUGAUCCCGCCGACUUGUAUGUAAUUGGCCUUCAGGAGAUUAUACCAUUAAAUGCUGGAAACAUAUUUGGUGCUGAAGAUAGUCGUCCAGUUUCAAAGUGGGAAAACAUAAUUCGUGAAAAUCUGAACAGAAUUCCACCAGUGACUAAGCUUAAAUGCUAUAGUGAUCCUGCUUCUCCAUCCAGGUUUAAGCCAUCUGAAGAUACCCCAGACAUUGAGGAUGAAAUUUUAUUUGAAUCAGACAGUGAUUUAGAGGAGGAAAUCUACCCAUUGGAUGAAGAACCGAACAAUCUUGAUGAAAUCAAGGAUGGAAUAGUUGGAGGAGAAAAUUUCGUUGAUGCUGAUGCCUUGGUGUCCAAAGAGGAGCAACAAGAAUUUGAUUCUCCAAAGAGGCUCAACCGAUUGAACUGCUUUAGAACAGAUGAUUCAGAAGAAAAUGGAGAGCCUCGAACUACCCACUAUAUCAAUAAAUUAACGAAAACACUUAGUAGCACAGAAAGGAUAGGUUUAAGCUGGCCGGAGCUACCACUAGAUCUUCUGUCUCAGCAAAGUUUUGAAAGACCAAAUUCCUUAACAUCUACGAAAUCUUUCAAAGCUUACAAAUCUUUUAGAACAUAUAGUUCUUUUAAGUCAAAUGAGAACAGUGAAAAUAGAAUGCGAUCUGAUAUAGCUUCACUCAUUGAAGUUGACCUUGAAUCCCUAAUAAAUCGUAAAAGAAAGCCCCCAUAUGUAAGGAUAGUAAGCAAGCAAAUGGUUGGUAUACUUAUUACCAUAUGGGUCCGCCGGAGCUUGCGAAGGCAUAUACAGCACCUCAAUGUCUCUACUGUUGGUGUUGGCGUCAUGGGUUACAUAGGCAACAAGGGAUCAAUAUCAGUUAGCAUGUCUAUAUAUCAAACGCUCUUCUGUUUUGUUUGCACUCACCUAACGUCUGGUGAGAAAGAUUGGGAUGCAGUCAAAAGAAGUGCUGAUGUUCAUGAAAUACAUAGACGGACACGUUUCAAUUCACUCUCUGCUAUUGGACUUCCUAAGAGCAUCUAUGACCAUGAGAGAAUAAUCUGGCUGGGUGACCUAAAUUAUCGCAUCAAUUUGUCCUAUGAGAAAACAAGAGAGCUGAUCUCCAAAAAGGACUGGUCCAACUUAAUUAAGUAUGAUCAGCUAAGCAGUGAGUUCAGAAAAGGUCGUGCAUUUGAUGGAUGGUCUGAAGGUACUCUCAACUUUGCACCAACUUACAAAUAUGAGACAAAUUCCAAGUCUUAUCAUGGAGAGGAUCCAAGGGCUGGGAGGCGAACUCCUGCAUGGUGUGAUCGUAUUCUUUCCUUUGGGACGGGCAUGAGAUUGCUAAGCUAUGGGAGGACCGAACUUAUGCUAUCUGAUCACCGGCCUGUGAGUGCCUCUUUUACUGUGGACGUUGAAGAAUUUUCUUCGAGGAAGUUGCAAAGAGCACUCACCUUGACUGAUGCCGAAGUUGAAGAGAGCGAGAUCGGAAUCUGUCAUGGAAUUAGCAUGUUAAGAUUAGGAGAGCAGGAUGCAUCAUAUCGGGAGCGUUAAGUACGGUCAAUACAUGAAAAUAUUCAAAAUGUUGUAAGCUGGAGCAUAUUCAUAGUAUAAAGUACUGGAUACGUCAUGAAGUAAUAAACAUUAUUAUAAUCUUCCUUAGCAACGUACCAUUAAGGUUGUAUAUUUUGGUUAGUUUAUAAUUGUUUUAAGUGUGUAUUCUCGUUAUCCUCAUAAUAUGUGUUUGAAAUAGAUUGUACCGCACAUAAAUUUUGUUAUCCAAUGCGCUGGAUAGUGCCGACAGUCAUUUGUAUCUUCGUAAAUUAAUCAAUUUUCCCAUAAAAAUUGUAUGUUCAAUAU